AUGGGAGAGCAAGAGAAGUUUUAUCCAUUUGAUUUGAAUGAAUCUAGUUAUCUAGAUGAGGUUGUUCGGGAUGGAGCGCAAGAGAAGCAUUAUUCAGUUGAUUCGAAUGAAAUUGGUUGUCCAAGCGAAGUUAUGGUGACAGAAAAUGGCUAUGAUGUGGUUGUUCGAACUAAUACCGAAGACAUUAGUGUUAUUGAGGAGGCUACGGGAGAUGAUAUCACUAUGAUUGGGAAAAUAUUUAAGUCGGAAGAUGAUGCAUAUGAAUUUUAUAAUGUUUAUGCAAGAAGUGUCGGUUUUAGCGUGAGGAAACAUUGGGCUUCGAAAAGAAAAGUAGACAAAAAAAUUAUUGGAAGGACAUUUUGUUGCUCAUGUGAAGGCCAGCGGGAAAAACAUACAAGAGGAACACCAACUAAACCUCGGGGAGUGACGAGAACAGGUUGUAUGGCAAGAAUGCAAAUUAAAAUCAAUGACAAUGAAAACUAUUAUGUUGUGGAAUUUCUGGACGAUCAUAACCAUGAGCUUGCAUCUUCAGAUAAGGUGCAUUUGUUGCGAUCACAAAGAAAGAUGCUACCUGCUCAAGCUACUUUAAUAAACAAUAUGAUUUCCAGCGGAUUUGGAGCAACUAGGAUUUUCUCGUAUAUGAGCGAAGAAGCAGGAGGGCCACAAAAUCUUAAUUUUACUCAAGAAGACUGUAAUAAUUUGGUGCAAGGAAAACGCAUUGAAUGGAUGAAAGCGGGAGAUGCACAACUUCUUUUAGACUACUUCCAAGCAAAGCAAAAAGAAAAUAAGUCUUUUUUUUACACUAUUCAACCUGACGAAGAAGACCGUAUUAUGAAUAUUUUCUGGUGCGAUGCAAAAUCUAGGCUAGAUUAUAGUGCAUUUGGAGAUGUUGUGUGUUUUGACACUACAUUCAAAACCAAUGGUUAUGACUUGCCAUUUGCACCAAUCUUUGGGGUGAACAAUCAUGGUCAGACUAUACUAUUUGGAAGUGCUUUAUUAAAGGAUGAGAGUACACGUUCAUUCUUAUGGUUGUUUGAAACAUUCCUCACAGUAAUGGAAGGAAAAGAGAUGAAAACUAUAUUUACUGAUCAUGCCAGCCAGAUUGCCAACACAAUUAAACAGGUAUUCCCUAAUGCUCAUCAUCGUCUCUGCUUAUGGCAUAUUUUCCAAAAUGCUGCGAAACACUUAUCACAUAUUUUUGGCAUUCAUGAAUCAUUUUUAAGUGAUUUUAGAAAAUGUAUUUAUGAUUAUGAGACUGAAUAUGAGUUUCGAUCAAGCUGGGAACAACUGCUUGAAAAAUAUGAGUUAAAGGAUGACAAAUGGUUGAACAACUUAUUCAAGUUACGUGAAAAAUGGGCACAAGUAUAUGGCAGAGAGCAUUUUUGCGCUGGUAUGACAACCACUCAAAGAAGUGAGAGCAUAAAUAAUUACUUCAAAAAAUAUUUCAAGAAGAAACAAAUUCUUCGAGAGUUUGUGGGUCAAUUUGAUAAAGCAGUUGCUGCUCGGCGCGAAAAAGCCAAAAAAGCAGAUUACAAAUCUAUGGCAACGAGGCCAAACUUGACGUCAGUAUGGGAAGUAGAAGAAAAAUCAUCUAAAAUAUAUACUAGUAAGAUUUUCAAUGAAUUCCAGAUGCAAGUUAAGAGGCUCAUUGACCUUGAAUUCAAACUUGAUAGUGAUGAUGGAACAACUAGCAUAUACAAAGUAUCAUCCUAUAUUGGAAAACGAGCACCUCGCACGAUUUCCGAUCUUCCAUCAGAAUACUACUUGAAAAGGUGGACGAAAGAUGCAUCAAAUAGUAUAGUUAUUGAUUCUCAAGGAAAUAGUUUAAUGGUUGAUUGUGAUCCAUCUUUAUCAGCACGUUAUAGUGAGUUGUCACACUUAGCGUUAUCUAUAGCUACAACAGGUUGUAUAAAUGAGGAAGCAAGUAUAUUUGUAAAACAGGCGUUGUUGCAGGUUCUUAAAGAGACAAAAUCUCUUUCGACAGCCCAGCCUAAUAACGUUGGAGUUGAUCGCGAAAAGAAUUUGCUUGAAAUAAGCGAUGAAGAUGAAGAUCUUCCACAGGGGAACACAACACUAAAAGAUCCCAUUCGAAAGAAAACAAUAGGGGAGUCUUCUGCGAGACAUAAAGAUCCUGUGGAGGUGGGGAAAAGGGGAAAGAAGGGGAAAAAAGGAAAAAUGACUAAGAACAAAAAAUGA